CGCGGUGCUCUCGCGGUACUCUGGCUGUACUUUUGAGCGGUCACGUGGAGCGGAUGCCCUUCCACAGUACGACAGAAAACAUGGCUGCGCUCUUGAGAUCAGCCCGGUUACUCAAGUUUUCGCCUUCGGGCUUGCUUCAGAUCACAGGGACCAAACGUAACGGGCCGACACUCAGUCGUCUGUACAGCGGAGCUCUCGGCGGCAGAGUGACCGGAGUUUGUUCCCGACAAAUCAGCCCUGCUUCGGGAAACGCGUCCAGUCGUGUGUGGCCAUAUGCAGUGGGGUGUGUGCGUAACUAUGUUGCGGCCACAGAGCAGAAGGAUGAGGCCAGCGUUGCGGUGCGGUCCAAGCAGGCGCAGCAGUUUGACUGGGCUCUGGCCAAGCUGGACAGCUCUGUGAGGAGAACCGGUCGCAUCACCAAGACCCUGUUGCUCCGCAUCUUCCAUGAUAUCUGCAGGACAGGUUAUCCCAGUGGUAACCAGGCCUUGUUACUGCUGCGUAGCUGUGGGUCGCUGCUGCCCGAGGUGCCCCUGGAGGAGCGCUCUGAGCUGGCACACCGUGUGUGGGAGAAGCUGCAGGAGUUGGGUGCACAGUAUGAUGUUAGUCACUACAACGCCUUGCUGAAGGUUUACCUGCAAAAUGAGUUCAAGUUCUCCCCCACUGACUUCCUGGCCAAGAUGGAAUCAGCUAACGUCCAGCCCAACAGAGUUACCUACCAGAGACUCAUAGCAGCCUACUGCCAAAAUGGAGAUAUCGAGGGAGCCAGCACCAUUUUGGGUUUCAUGAAGAGCAAAGAUUUGCCCAUCACUGAGGCUGUUUUCAACUCCCUGGUGACAGGCCAUGCUUGUGCAGGGGACAUCGAGAGUGCUAAGAACAUCCUGCCCGUGAUGCGGGGAGCAGGAAUUGAACCAGGUCCCGACACUUAUGUUGCACUGCUUAAUGCCUACGCUGCAAAGGGAGACCUGGACAGUUUAAAAGAGACUAUGGAGGCAGCAGAGAGUGCAGACUGCAGUCUGAUGGACAGGGACGUCAUGCAGGUCAUCUUCACUCUGGCCAAGGCCGGACACCAGCAGCACAUCCCAGAGAUGGUUGAGCGCUUGAGGCACGAGAGGGGCUACGUUCCAGAUGCCAUGAACUUGUGUCUGAGCCUCAUCACCCAGAGCCAGGAGGACACAGCUUUUCACAUCCUGAAGACUUUCCCCACACUGCAGUCUGAAAGCUUCAACACAGAGUCUGCCAACCUGGGCAACUUCUUCCUCAGACACUGUGUCAACAUGGACACGUCACUGGAGAAGAUCGGCAGCUACUGCAAAGAGCUCCAGGAGUCUAAUCUGCACACUGCGGCGCUCAGCUUCACUCUGUCGUGUGCUCUAGAGGCCAAGAAGAUUGGGAUGUCUUUAAAGUUGAUGAAGAUGUUGAAGGAGCAGGACUUUCCCAUAAGGCCUCACUACUUUUGGCCCCUCCUCACUCAGCAUUUGAAAGACAGCAACAUAGCUGGUGUGGUUGAGGUGGUAAAGGGCAUGCAGGAGCUGGAGGUCUGCCCUGAUGUUGAGACUUUAUCCAACUACAUCCUCCCUGUCUUCCCCAGCAUGGAAGCAGCUCGACAGGCCCUCAAGGAUGCAGGCAUCUCUUUGGAGUCGGAGGGCUUCUUGUCUUCAGAGGUGCGUUCAGUGGCUGUUAGCAACCUGGCCGAUCUCUACACCAUAUUGUCUGAUCCCUCCUGCCCCUCAUUGGACCUCAGUAUGUUCCGCGGCAGCCUCAUCCUGGGCUUCAGAAAGUCUUCUGAUGUGGAGAGCAUGGUGAAGAUUACUGAGCUUUUGUACAAAGACGAGCGCUUUGCUAAAGGAAACUCCAAGGCUUCUGAAGCGGCAUCCUUCUUCUUGUACAAUGUGAUCGACAGCAUGUCAGAGGGAGAGGUGCAGGCACAGGAAGACAAACUGCGCAAAUACUUCAAUCAACUACAUGCUCAGAACAUAACCAUUUCAGGCAACAUCUACAGAGGCAUCAAGAACCUUCUGGAGUCCUACCAUGUCCCAGAACUCACCAAGGAUGUGGUUGCUUUGGUGGACCCCAAAGACCGAGUGUCCAAUGGCUCUGUGUCAGCUGUUCCCCGGGUCACUGGAAUUGAGGGUAAGGUGUUGGCACUUGAGAAGAAACUUGCCGAGCUGAAGGCAGAGAACAAACCACUAGGCAAUGUUCUCAAACAAGCCAUCCAGACUCUUUGUGCUGAGGAGAACUUGCAGCGCGCCCUUGAGCUGAAGCAGCAGCACGAGGAGGAGAUGACAGUCGGCGGCUAUGCCACCCUCAUCAACCUGUGCUGUCGCCACGACAAUGUGGAGGAGGCGCUCAACCUGAAGAGGGAAAUGACUCGUAAGGACUCAUCAGUCGUGCUGGAUGCCAGUAAAUACAUUGCAUUGGUCAAGACCCUCUCCAAGAACGACAAAGUGGAGGAGGCAGUGGACAUCCUGAAGGAGAUGAAAGAGAAAGAGGUGGUGAUGAAUGACACACACGUCACCAUGCUCUUUCACACGCUCAAUGCCGUGGUGGCCAAGGGUGGCGCCCCCACCAUCAGACGCCUGCAGGACACCAUCUUCACCCUUGGACUGGCCAAGCCCACCGCCAAUCUCUGCUCACCCCUCAUUACUGCCUACCUGGACAGUAAAGACCUGUCUGGAGCUCUAGAAGCAGCACUGGAGUGUCAGAAGCGCUACAACCACCUGCCUCGCAUCCACGACAUCGUUGUUGCUAUGGUGGAGAAAGGAGACACCGAACUGCUGCAGAAAGCCAUGGACUUUGUGAGUCAGGAGCGAGGAGAGAUGACCAUGCUGUAUGAUCUGUUCUUCGCAUUCUUGCAGACAGGCCGCUACCGUGAGGCUCGUAAGAUCAUUGAGACCCCAGGGCUGAGGGCACGGCCUGGACGCCUGCACUGGUAUGCAGAGAAAUGCAUUUCAUCCAACCAGAUGGAGUCCUUGGAGCAGAUGGUGGACAUGACAACCAAGCUCUUUGAGUGCGACAGGGAUGAGAUGUACAGUUACAUCCUCCGUCUCUGCAAGGAGACAAACGACUGGCAAAAGGCAGAAGCAGUAUGGACGAAGAUGCAGGAGGAGAACGUCAUUCCCAGGGAGAGGACCCUGCAUAUGCUGGCAGAUGUCCUGAAGAAUAAUGGCCAGGAGGUGCCCUUUGAGGUGCCUGAGACCUGGUACCAACAAGCUGCCACCACACAGCAGAACAAGUCAGCAACAACCCUCCCCACAGCCGAAAGUGGUGCUGAAUACCAGGCCCGUCUGUUGGCCUUCUGUAAAAGGGGCAAAGCUCAAGAAGCCUAUGGGAUGCUGAAGGAAGUCGAUAAAAAGGGUGUGGCAUUAGGUCCCGCCCCUUACGAUCACCUGAUCCGGGCCCUGUUGGCCGAGGGAUCCAUUGAGGAUGCCAUGGCAGUCAAGGACAUUGCUGCGUCUCAUGUGCCAGGCUUUCAGCUGAGUGAUAUCGCCACCAAUCUGCUCAUCAUCACACACAGCAAGAAAGGCCAGGCUAAAGAUGCUCUCGAGAAACUGAAGUCUAUGCUGCAGGUGGACCACGUGCCUUCGCAGCUCGCCAUCACCAGACUGGUUCAGGCCCUGGGUAGCCAUGGCGAUGUGGCGGGCAUCCAGGAAGUGGAGUCACUGAUGAAGGGCCUCGGCACGACCCUCAACCUGUCCAGCAUGGUGUUUGUCAACAACACGGCCCUCGCACACAUCAAGAAUGGUGACAUCGAGUCCGCAGUGGAGGUGUUGGAGGCAGUCUUCACUAGUCCAAACAGCACAACCCCCAGUAUGUCCUUCGUCUUCAGAAAGAUCUUGGAAGAUGACAAUGACAAAGCCUUAGACAAGUUGAGUGCUAUGGCAGAGCGGCUAGCCAACCACUUUGCCUGCUACAGACCAGCUUCAGACCUCUUCCUCCAGCUGCUGGAUAUGGACAAAGUUGAGGAUGCCAAGUUCAUGCUGGCUCGCUGUAACGCCUUGGCUGAACAGAAGGAGGUGCUGGUGUCCUACUUGUCUCAGAAGGCUCAGCGUCCUGGACAGGUGGGCAAGAUCAAGGCCCUGCUGAGCCUGAUUCCAGACUUCACUGAGAAGGAAGUGUUGUAUGCGUACUUGAUGAAAUGUCAUGUCCUGGAUAAAGACUUAUUGUCAGCCAAGGCUCUGCAAGAGCAGAUGCAGAAGGAGGGGACAGUCAUAGACGAGCUGUCACUCAAACGGCUGGCUGUGCUUUACCGCAAUGCAGGAGAGACUGUGCCCUUCGUGGAGCCCCCUGAGUCCUUUAAGUUUUAUGCAGACAAGCUGAAAGAGAGAGCAGCAAAAGCCCAGACGACAGCUGAGGCAUAAAGAAUCAUCCUCCUCACCUCCAUCCAAAUCCCACUGUUUUCCUCCUUUGUCUUUUUUUAUAUAAAUUGUCUGAGCUGAAAUGUUGAGUAUUGUGUUAUAACUGUUGGAUGAUAGACUCUGUCCACUGUGCUAUUGAGAAUAGUGAUGAUGAUGAUGGGAAUGUACAGAAGUAUUUAUGCUAAUAAAUGUCACAUUCUGAGCCCGA